AUUACGUUCUUUUAUGUGACAGCUGUCACAUUGAACCCAUGUGUUUUUCUACCAUUCCACAAAAAUAAACGAAAACAAAAUCAAUUCACGUGUAAAUUGCACGUGUUUUCUUCGAAUUUUUGGUGAAUAAAAAUCCACAAAAAGGUUUCAAAAUGGUCCGGCACAACAAUCAACUACCGGAUAAUUUGCCACAGUUGCAAAAUUUGAUAAAACGAGAUCCAACUUCGUACAGAGAAGAGUUUAUGCAACAAUACAAUCACUAUUUGAGUUUAUUGGAGGUAUUUCGCCUGAAUCCAGGACAGGAGAAUAAAAGUUUAGAUGAAUUGGUGAUGUUUAUCGCUCAGGUGGCACAAUGCUACGUCGAAGAAUUGAUCACAUUUCCCCAGCAACUGGUCGAUUUGCUGAAAACCCAAUCGACAACUCUCGACCAAAACAUGCGAAACAGUUUUUGUCGUGCAUUGAUUUUGCUACGUAACAAAAAUUUGAUCCCAGCCUUGGAUUUGCUUGAGUUAUUCUUUCAAUUGUUGCGAUGUCCCGAUAAAUCGUUGCGUUCAUUUUUAGAAAAUCACAUUAUCACUGACAUCAAAAACAUGAACGCCAAACACAAAGACAUGAAACUGAAUUCCACACUACAGAAUUUCAUGUACACAAUGUUGAAAGAUUCAAAUCCAAAAGCGGCCAAAAUGUCCAUUGACAUCAUGAUUGAAUUGUACAAAAAGAACAUUUGGAACGAUACAAAAACGGUGAAUGUUAUCGCAAAUGUUGGAUGCUUUUCAAAGAUAACAAAAGUCAUGGUUGCUUCGUUGAAAUUCUUUUUGGGCAGUGAUCCGGAUGAAAAGAAUUCCGACGAUUCGGACAGUGACAAUGAGCCGGAUUUGAAAGGUGCCAUACUGGCGAAUCGUGUCAAUAAAAAGACAAAAAAGCGUCAAAAGCAAUUGGCUAAUAUCAAGAAGCAAGUGACAAAAGUAAAGAAGAAGAAAACAGCAGUGGCAUCGUUUAAUUUUUCUGCCGUACAUUUGAUUCACAAUCCACAAGGGAUGGCCGAGAAUUUGUUUAAACAAUUGCAAAGUCAAAACGAACGCUUCGAAGUGAAAUUGAUGCAUUUGGAUGUGAUAUCACGAUUGAUUGGUAUUCAUGAGCUCUUUUUAUUCUCAUUUUAUCCAUAUGUAACACGUUUUUUGCAACCACAUCAACGUCAAGUCACACGUGUUUUACAGUUUGCCGCACAAGCAUCACAUGAACUGGUGCCCGGCGACGUGAUUGAACCGAUUUUAAAAACAAUUGCCAAUAAUUUCAUCACCGAACGAAAUUCCACCGAUGUCAUGGCCAUUGGUUUGAAUGCCGUACGAGCGAUUUGUAGUCGUUGCCCGUUGGCAAUGGGCGAAGAUUUAUUACGAGAUUUGGUGUUGUACAAAGCAUACAAAGAAAAGAGUGUAAUGAUGGCCGCUCGAUCACUGAUUACACUUUAUCGUGAACAAAUUCCAGCAUUGCUUCACAAAAAAGAUCGUGGACGUACAUCAGAAGCACAGGCCGAAAUGAAACCGAAACAGUAUGGAGCCGUAGCCGCUUUUGAUAAUAUACCUGGUGCUGAAGCACUGUUGAAGUCGGCCAAAUCGGUAUCGGUUAAAGAUGAUGACGACUCAGAUUCGGAUAGUUGGGUCGAUGUCAACGAAAGUGGUGAUGAGAUAAACAUAAACACCGACAGCGACAGCAACAGCGAUGAUGAGUCCGGUGAUAAUGAAGAAGCGGGCAGUGAUGUAGAAGACGAAGAAGUCGACGAUGAAGCAGACGAAAGCGGCGAGGAAGAAAGCGACGUAGAAGAUGAAGUUGAAGACGAAGAGAGUGAUGCCGAGUCUGAAACUGAAGCAAAUCAUGCCAGUGAAAAGCCAACAAAAAAAUCGCCGAAGGUCCAGAAGAAAUCAAAGGCCACUUCAAAUGGAACGGCUGUUGAAAAUGGAUCCACAGAAAAAUCGGUAAAAGUACUAGACGAAAAACAAGCCGCCCAAGAAAUAGCAUUGACUCGCAUUUUCACGGACGAAGACUUCAAACGUAUCGAUGCACAAAUUAUCAAAAAGCACGUGUCAAAUGCACGCAAACGGCCGCUUGAAUCAGAACAAACGGAAUAUGUCAAAUUGGAUGACAUUGAAAUGAUUUAUAAGAAACGACGAACGGACAAGGCAUCGCGUCUGGAAACGGUGAUGCGAGGUCGUGAGGAUCGUGAGAAAUAUGGUUACAGAGACAAACGAAAGAAUAUUCAUUGUUCAAAGACAAACAAUGAAAAGAAAAAGAAGAAAAACUUUGGUAUGAUGCGCGUAAAGGCACGAUCAAAGGUCAAAAAAUCGUUCAAGGAAAAACAACAAUCCAUGCGAAAACAUCUACUCAAGCAAAAGAAAAUGAAAUAAAAACACACUUUUCUUUUCAGUCA